GACUUCUCCGAAUCAAACGCCUUUUUUUCAGUGGAUGAUAAGGCAGCAGGAGAGGAUGCAGAUGAUAAUAAUGUAACAAUCCAAACGUUUACGAACGAUGACACGGUGCGCGAUUCGAGUCCAAUCCGUGAAGCAACAAAUAAUCUGCAUCGCCUUCGCUUUCUGGUAACGGAUGUGACGAUGAAAGGUUCUGAGAAUAAAUCGCUGGUUCAGUCCGAUUCGCGAGAACGUAAUCGAUUCUUCAGAGCACCGCGCAUUGGUUCUCGAAGGAUACGAAACCGUUUGGUCCAAAAAUAUGGUUUAUGCAACAUUUCACUUGUGAAUGUCCCUAAACAGCGACGAAAAUACUUUAGAUAUCCCACUUCCGAAUGUCCACUGGUUAUUGUCACAAUGUGCCUUCAGUUCAUGCUCGGAGUCAUGUGUCAAACUUUAAUGGCCGGUGUCAUAUUCGCUAAACUCGCUCGACCGAUUAAACGCGCUGCAACAAUUUUAUUCAGGGUGGGUGAUAUGAGGAAAAGUUCUUUAGCCGAAGCUCAUGUUCGUUUGCAGAUGAUAAAGAAGUGUAUAACAUACGAAGGGGAAUUGCUACCGUUUCAUCAGUUCGAUAUGGAUGUCGGUUAUGACGAUGGCCUCGACCGUGUUUUCGUUAUUUGGCCUAUUACAAUAUGUCAUGAAAUUGAUGAGAACAGUCCACUGUAUGAUGUGAGCAAAGAAACUCUGGAAACAUCUAGAUUCGAAAUCAUUGCUAUUUUGGAAGGAGUUGUCGAGUCGGUUGGUUCAACAACACAAGCACGUACCAGCUAUCUUCCAAAUGAAAUUUUAUGGGGUAAAAGGUUCGAGAAGCUUGUCACUUAUCAGAGGGAAAACGGUGAAUACAGGAUCGAUUUUGGGAAGUUUCACAACGUAUACGACGUCGAUACACCAACAUGUUCAGCAAAGGAACUUGAUGAAAUGAGGGCGGCUGGAUUAAAUCCCGAAGAUGCGUAUCAAGUGGUUCCAAGAAUUGGAUCCGAAUCGAGUGGAACAUCGUCAAAAGUUUCUUUCCAUUCUCAUAAAACGAUGAAUAAUCGCUUAUCAGUUGCUGAUGUCAAAGAGAACGAUGGAAUAAUACAAAGAGUUAGGAUUGAAACUGACGAUGAGGAUGAAGAAUACGAUAAUACAAUCACACUGGAUGUUGGACUGAAGCACAAAAAGUCUAUAAUUCGUUCGCAAAGUCCCGAUUAUUCGCUUCGCCAUAAGCAAUCAACUCGGCGUGGUCCAGAUCUCUUCUAA